AUGCAGGCAGUUCACGACAUCCUCAGCUACGGAAUAGCGCCUUCUGCUUUGACACGCUACGAUCACCAAGUCUUUCCGGGAGCAGUACCGCGCUCGUUCGUCGGACCACUCUUGCUGGCCAUUCUAUCCUAUCCGUUCCUGCUCUUCUGGCGGAUAGCCGGAGUUGUAAAGACUUCCGCUGAUGUUCAAGUGGUUGUACGGCUCUGUCUCGCAGCUGUCAAUGUGACCUCCAUCGCAUACUUCUGUCAAGAGACCUUCGCUUCGGCAUCGUCACCAGCGAAGGGAAAUGGGCUUUCGACGUCAGAAAAUGAGCGACGGCAGGCCGUCCUCUUCCUCAUCGUCACGGCAGCGCAAUUCCACUUUGCAUUUUGGGCGAGUCGUACGAUACCCAAUUCACUCGCUUUGCCACUCGUGACGGUGGCUCUCGCUAUGGUCUGCCGCAGCAUUGGCACCAACAACAAGGACAAGCACCGUGUCUCGAGCGAUGCGAGAACGGCAAUCUGGUUCCUGACUUUCAGCGCGGUGGUAUUGCGCCUCGAGAUUGCAGCCACACUCAUACCCGUGGGACUCUAUCUUCUGGCGACUCGCAUGAUCAGUGUUUGGGCUGCACUCAAGACGGGCAUAGUCUCUUCCUUUUUCAGCAUCGGGCUGACAAUGGCGAUAGACACGUACUUUUGGCAAGAUCUCUCGAACUCGCAGGCUAAAGGCAUUUUCGGGAUCCUUGCUUCGUCGCUGCGCAACCUCACGUCCGGCGAUCAAUCAAAGCCAUUGUGGCCCGAGCUGCACGCUCUGCUGUUCAAUGUGGUCGAUGGCAAGAGCAGCGAAUGGGGUGUCUCCCCUUGGCAUGCCUACGCCACGUCCUUGAUACCCAAGCUUCUGGCCUUCACUGGUCCACUCGUGGUCAUUGGAGCGGUCGAGCUCUUACGAGACCGGAGCGGGGUCGUCAAAGCGAGAGCAAGAUUCCUGCUGCUCUCAGCAGCCACACACGUCGCUAUACUGAGCAUGCUCGGUCACAAAGAGUGGCGAUUCGCCUUCUACACCUUGCCGGCCCUCAACGUCGUAGCUGCAAUCGGCGCUGGAAGGCUCACGCGCUCCAGGCAAGGCACUAUCGUGCUCUCAGCGCUCCUCCUGCUCCAGCUCGGCUUAAGCUGGUUCACGGGCUAUCUCAGCUCCAUCAACUACCCUGGUGGCGAGGCUCUUAGGCUCUUGCAUCAACAGCUGGAUCAGGAGGGAGACGGAAGCAGACCAAUCAAGGUCCACAUCGAUGUGCUGCCAGCUAUGACCGGAGUGACGUUGUUUCAGUCGACACGUUUGGACCGAUUCAGCGGGGUGCUCCCUGCCUCGUGCGCUUCGGACGAGUGCUGGGUGUACGACAAAACCGAAGAUCUGCCCGUCUCAGGCCCCGAGGCGGUACAAGCGUGGUCGACGUUCACACACCUCAUCACAGAAGCACCAGAAUGUCGUACUCUUCAGGAUCAGAAAGGGGAGCUUUUAGCCGAGACAGGGCAGCUCUUUGAGCCGAUCGCCUUUCCAAUCUCGUCUUUCGCAGGGUUGCGACGCAAAGCGAUUUCGCAGAUCAAGAGCGAUCUCUUGAAGCUGCCACGCGAGAUUGCGUCAAGCUUGAGUUCAACGGACACUGACAAAGAGACUUUGCUUGGCGCCCUGAUACGACUUGCCUCACCAAUCAUCGUCGUCAAGCAGCCGUCCGUAUGGUUGUGUCGUCGCAAGCUUUGA